GGCUAACUUCUACGCCUUUAUAAACCACCGUAAUACCGCUGUUUCUCUACUAAACUUUGACAGAAGGAAGGUUUUGGGUCUCUGUAUUCUUCAUAAAACAUCCGCCAUGAAACUUCUAAUUUUCGCUCUUUUUGUUGCCUCAGUAAGUGCUGGUUCUUUCAAGGUUGGUACCAUCAAGUGUACAUUUGGUCCAUCAUAUUGGUGUCAAAACUACAAAACUGCAAAGGAAUGUGAUGCUGUCAAACACUGCCAGGAUAAUGUUUGGAAAGUGAAAGUAUCUUCAAAUGCUACAUGUGAUGAAUGUGUGGCAGUUUUAACAUUCCUGAAGAAAGAAAUAAUGAAUCCUGACUUUGAAAAAACAGUUGAAGGAUACUUGGAACAAGUAUGUUCAUCAUUUGGAGCUCUUGCAGAUGAAUGCAAAGCCAUAAUUGAACAGUAUGCACCUCUUAUCUUCCAAGAGCUAGCCAAUUUGAUGGGUGAUCCUAAGGAAGACUGCACCAAGCUUGGUUUGUGCGCAGCAAGCAAGGAAAAGAUCAUGGCAACCAUAUUGAGAAAAGCUAUGCCAUCCAAACUGGUUGCUUCCCUCAAAACCAAGAAACGUCAUGUUCUCAAGUCUAAAUACCCAAUCAAGGCUUCUGCUGAAUGCAUCCUUUGUGAGUUUAUCGCUAAGGAGUUGGAUCAAAUGUUGGGAAACAAUGCCACCCAGCAAGAAAUCAUUGCUGCUCUUGACAAAGUGUGCAGCUUCUUGCCUUCCACCAUUAGAACUCAGUGCACUUCAUUUAUCGAUGAAUAUGGUCCAGUAAUUCUACAAAUCCUUUCUCAAGAGCUUAACCCCUCUUUGAUUUGCACUACCCUUGGAUUGUGUGCUUCAAAAGAACACAUGUCAGCCAUGAUGAAGCCACAUCGUCUUAGAAUUGGUAAUCAAGAAACUUGUGAGAUUUGCACAAUAGUAAUGACAUACCUCAAAUCUUUAUUGAAAGACAAUGCCACUGAAGAUGAGAUUAUUGCUGAUUUGGAAAAAGUCUGCAACUAUCUUCCAGCUCAAAUUGCAAGUGAGUGCAAUGCUAUUGUCAAGGAGUAUGGCAAGGAAGUCUUGGAACUGAUUGCAAAUGCUGAUGCUAAAACACUCUGCACUGAAAUUGGAUUGUGUACUUCAAACAUGAAAAUGAGCAGCAUGAAGCUAAAGAGUGCCAAUAAACCACUGAGUAACAAGUGUUACCUGGGUGCUUCAUUCUGGUGCGCUAAUCAAAAGAAUGCCGUCAUGUGUAAUGCUGUUGCUUUUUGCAAGAAGCAUGCCUGGUAAAGUACUUGCUGCUGUUCAAGUGACUCUAUCUGAGGAAUAUCUGAACUACAUAAUUAUAAUCUCUCACUGAAAAUUAAUCAUUCUACAAAACAAAAUUUUCAUAUUCACGCCUGCUUUUAUAGUAUCUAAAACGUUUUCCUCCAUAUGUGACACAUUGAGUGCAUUUGCUUCCAAAUUCAGAAAAAUGUCAUGUUGGUAUCCUGGGUACCAAAGAUUUUACCUAGAUUUCCACCAAAACAGUACCAUCAAUUUAUUGCAGGCCUUCAGUCUAGAGUCAACAAGUUUUGAUAAAAUUAGAUAUUUUUAAUGGUGGUAUAUUAAAUUUUUGGUUUCCAGGGGAAUAUGUUGACUAAGUUUCUUACCUAUAUUUACUAAGAUGUUACAUUUUUUUGACAAUAUAUAGUACAUUCAUUUGUAAUCCCUCAUUUCAUAAAUAAUAAACCAAUAAAGCUUCUUAUGACACCACA